UUGGGAAAUACGUAAUGUUUUGCAACAAUCAGCAUGUCAAAAAUUAAAAGUGUGAGAAUUUAAGGAAUUUCGUGAAUUUUUGAAAGGUUACUCUCUCCAAAACUUCCUAAAAAGUUUUCUCAGGACUCAUAUUUGUUUAUAGCCUAGUUAUAUCAUAUUUUUGCAAGUUGCCCGAAUCGAUCUAGAUACCAUAAUUGGAACCUCCGUUACAGCCAAGAAUGGUUAAAGUCACAAUCAAGAAUUUUAAACAAGAAACCUUUGAAAUAACCAUCGAUGAAAAUCGAACAGUUUCUGAUUUGAAAGCCGAAUUGGAGCAGGUAACUGAAAAAGCGAUGCCGGCUGACAGUCAGACAUUGAUUUAUGCUGGAGUUAUCAUGGAGAAUGGUCUGACGUUGAAGCAUUAUCAGAUAGAUGAGCGAAAAUUCAUUGUUGUAAUUAUGCGGAAACCGGUGAAUAUGGUAGCCAAAUCAAAUGAGGACGCUUCGAAACGCGUGGACAAGGAAGAGGACACCGUUAAAGGUACGACUGGGAAUCAACCGAGAUCCGCUGCCACUGGAGAAAGUACAAGUGAAAAAUACGUCACAUCGGACAGUGUCUCAGAUCCAAAUGAGGUCGAGAAAGCUAUUCAGAACAUUGUUGAAAUGGGGUAUCCAAAAGAAGAUGUAGUACGUGCCUUCAAAGCGAGCUUCAAUAAUCCAGAUAGGGCAGUUGAGUACUUGGUUAAUGGGAUUCCGAAUGAAUACCUUUUAGGUGAACCAGCUCCCGAUAUGACAGCUCUGUCAGAUUCUGAUCGGAGGAAUAUGGGAAGUGAGACUCCUUUGUCGUUCCUUCGUAACAAUCCAAGAUUUCAGCAGAUGAAGCGGCUUCUUCGAGCCAAUCCCGAUAUGCUUAAUACAUUGAUAUCUCAAAUUGGACAAACAAAUCCUGGUUUACUGCAACUAAUAACGGAAAAUCAAGAAGAGUUCGUCCAGCUACUUAAUGAAGAAGACACAGGGAACAUAGCGACUGAUAGUACAGAUGAUGAGGACGAUUUAGAUGACUUGGAUGUGGCUUCGCGGCAUCCAGAUAGCAUCACUGUGACUGUAACACAACAGGAACGUGAGGCAAUCAAUCGAUUGAAAGCUCUUGGCUUUCCUGAAGAAUUGGUGAUACAAGCAUAUUUUGCUUGCGAUAAGGACGAGCAACAGGCUGCAAAUUUUUUACUUUCCCAGAAUGACGACUGAAGUUGGGUUUUUGCAUAAUAAUUUCUUGUUACUGUUAUUUAGAUAUAUUUUUUAAAAUAAUUAUGAUACAAAAUAAAGGUUGGUUUUGUAAUA